AUGGUCACCAUCCAGAUCAAGCAGAUCGGUCACGCACUCCUGACCAUCACCCCGCCCGGCGCGAACAAGAACGACCCUGCCCAGCAAGAGCAGUACCUCAUCACCCUCCCGCAUCUGCACAUUGAAUCUUUGAUCUACGGCACGCCCUUUGUCGAACUGGAGAAGACGACGAAGAUUGUCAGCAGCACAGGCUACGUGGCCAAAAUCGAUUACUCCGGCAAGGGCUGGCUGAGCGGGAAGAAGAACACGUUCACCGCGAGCCUGUUCAAGGAAAGUGAGGGCGAGAAGAAGCCCCUUUACACCGCCGAAGGUCAAUGGUCAGAGAAAUUCACCAUUCGCAACGCCCGCACCAAGGAGGAGGUCGACAAGCAUGUGGUGAAGGACGCCAAGACCACUCCUCUACAGCUGGCCCCCCUGGAGCAACAGGACCUCUUCGAAAGUCGACGCGCGUGGAGCGAUGUGGCUGCGUCGAUCGAGCGCGGUGACAUGGACUCCGUGUCCAACCAUAAGGGUCGCAUCGAAAAUGCUCAGCGAGAGCUGCGCAAGGUUGAGAAGUCCGAAGGUCGGGAAUGGCCUCGACGAUUCUUCAAGCGCCUCAACGAGGGUGAGGAUGAUGACAGGUUCAAGAGCCUCGCCCAGACAGUGGGCCUGACAUCCCUGGAAAGCGACAAGACCGGCGGAGUCUGGCGCUUCGACCGCGAGCGCGCCACCGGUGCCCAGCCGCCCUACCACCCCGUCGGCCCCGAAGGUCUCGGACUUAGCAGCAACUAA